AGUAAUUGCCGCGUUGGCUCUACGCUUCGUCUCCUCUUCGCGCUCGCUCAAGGGAGCUUCCCUGUCCUAUUGUGAAGCUUGUCUCUCUUUGCUCCGAAAACUCCAGCUAUGAUCCCGACGCCCGCAAUGAGGUGGUUGCUGUUGCUUGUCCUCUCCUGCGCUCUCCUCUCCCCGCCCGCCGCCGCACGACCACCACACAGACAGAAGCGUGUGAGCGACCAGCGACUGGCAGAACUGGAGACCCUGCUGGCGCUGGCCAAGAUGAAGAACAGGAAGUACGUGACCCUCCCCGUCGGCUUCGGCCUCAUCGAUGUCCAGCAGAUCGGCCGCCGCAAGAGGGCAGCAUCCCUGGCAGCGCCCCGUGACCUUCCUAUCCACGACCCUGAAGAGUACGACAUUGGUGACCUUUUUGCUGACCUUUCGUCCGCCUUCUCCGCCGACCCCAUGCGGAACGGGCGAGGCUUCGACGACACUUAUCCCGUCGAUGACCUGAGCGUCGUGGAGGAGGUGAAGGGGAGCGGGAAGGAGAGCGAGAAGCAAGGGUCCCUGGCGGAGGUGAGGCCGGGCUCCAGGACCCUCUUCGUGGGCGUGGAGGGCGUCCCCCGCCAGAGGUAUAUUUAGAUAAAUCGGAAACCUUCACAGUAUCCGGAAGAUCUGCCAACUCUACGUUUAUUUAUUUAUUUCCACUGAAGCUAGUCACGAGUUACUCUUAAGUUUUGCCGAAGUCUCACAUCCCCUCCUCCAGCCCCCUCCCGCGCUCCCCCGAGCAGGACCUUCGCACGAGCGCUCAGAAGGCAGACGAGAAGGAACGCGCCGGCCGGAGAGCGAAGGCCGAGUGGACGACGCAGUCUGCGUGGUCGCUCGUGCAAACAGAAUUCUUUGCAAAGGGAACAUCAGUGAGAAAAAAACGGGACACACAUGUGCACCUUUUUGUCAAGCAGCAUUUAGAAGUCUGUGUCAAGGAAGAGGCUUAGGAUUCCACCUAGUUUAUCCAUCGUUCGUCUCAUGUCCGAUUACGGGGUUCAGCGAAGCGGGAAAACGCCAUUUUCAUAAAGUGCACAUAAAAUGCGAAAGUAUACACACCCGACAUUAUCAUACUGACAAAAACACCCAAAUACACGUACACACGAACCCAACUUCACGAGGGGAGAAAAUUUACAUGAAGAAAAGUAUUGCCAUGUCAUUAUGUUGUAUUUACUUGUGAAUUUCUUAUUUUUACUACAAAUGCUGUAAACUUUGAACGGGUUUUCUGCUCGAUUUAAAGAUGAAGUUCUGGUUUACACAAUGUUCUAUAAUUUACCUUUGUUGUUUGUAUUGAGAUCUGUAACAUGUAAACAGAAUAUCCCGCUGAGUAUUAGUGAAUAAAAAGGUCAGCUCAAGGAAGAAAAAUAUGAUCUGAGCUUCCUACCCCGAAGGCAUUCCAUGGAAGGAUUCAAAGCGAAAUAUGAAGGAUCUAAUAGCACAGAGGCCUUUUGGAAGUCAUUUAAAAGAAUUCAAUGCAAUUCCGAACACCUAGUUCCCGUAGUCAUAAACCCCCCAAACUCGCAUUUUAAAAGAGCGAAUGAAAUGAGUUACCCGAGUUGGCUGGGGCGAGCGAGCCUGCGCGAGCAAGGGCAGGUGACUCUGCAGUGUCAUGGAGGCUGGAAGUUUAGCCACGAAACGUUUGUAAGAAAUUAUUUAAACCUCUUAUGCGAUGGAUGAUUGUUAAAAUAAAGAAUCCCUGGGUUUGUAACAGACCUUUUGUAUCUAAUGCUUAGCUUGCAACAUCCAAGGCAUCUUUAAUCAGGUGGAAUUUGACACAACUCGUGAACGUAGACUAGCAGACACCCUCCUGAUUUCUGUUAUAAGAGAGGGACUUCAGAUUCCCUUUGUUUCGGGCUUGACUUCGAUGAAUACUGAAUGAAAGAGCACCUGUCCUUACCCUUGCCCAAGCAGCGUUUAAUCUUACACACUAAUCUCGAGUCUGACACAUUGGCGAGUCUUCAAACCAGUAGCUUUUAGUCAUUUCUCCGCCGCCCCAGAGCCAACGACCAACGAUUAGCAUAGAAGGGAAAGAAAAUGAAAAAAAAAUCGUAAAAAGGCUGAUUCAAGUAUCCUGUGCUAACAUGUACAUACAUAUAUCUUUAAUGAAGUCAUCAUGUUCACAGUGUGUUAAUAAAAGGAAUUUAUAAU